AACUAUAUAUUCACUAAAAAAAAAAAUCCUUCGAUUUGUAUAUUUAAAAUUUAAUUAUUGGUCAAACACCCUCAUUUCAUCUCUUCCCUAUAUAUACCCACCAAUCGUAUUCCGACACCCUUAGCCAAGAAUGCCUGCUACUGAGGUGAUGCCUGAGAAGUCCCAUCCACUUGUUCACGUCCCUCCAUGGGAAUCUGCUGCUCCUACGCACAAAAGGCUCGAGGGGAAGGUGGCCAUCGUGACAGGUGGCGCCAGGGGCAUCGGUGAAGCCACGGUUCGGCUAUUUGCGUGGCACGGCGCCAGAGUCGUGAUCGCCGACAUCGAGGACGUCGCCGGGGAGGCGCUGGCGGCGUUGCUCGGCCCCUCCGUCAGCUUCAUGCACUGCGACGUGGCCGUGGAAGCCGACAUCGAGCGGCUUGUUGACCGAACCGUCGCCCGGCACGGCCGCCUCGACGUGAUGUGCAACAACGCCGGGGUGCUCGGGGCGCAGACGCGGCGGCGCAGGAGUAUCGUGGCGCUGGACGCAGAGGAGUUCGACCGGGUGAUGCGCGUCAACGUGCGGGGCACGGCGCUGGGCGCCAAGCACGCGGCCCGCGCCAUGCUCCCCCGCCGCUCCGGCUGCAUCGUCUCCGUGGCGAGCGUGGCCGGCGUCAUGGGCGGCCUCGGCCCCCACGCCUACACCGCCUCCAAGCACGCCAUCGUCGGGCUCGCCAAGAACGCCGCCUACGAGCUCGGCGCCCACGGCAUCCGUGUCAACUGCAUCUCGCCCUUCGGGGUCGCCACCCAGAUGCUGGUGAACGCUUGGCGUGACGAGGCCGACGACGAGGUCGAAGACCUCGUCGAGUUGGCGCCACCGCCGACCGAGAAGCAGGUGGAGAAGACGGAGGAGCUCGUGAGGGAGCUGGCCAACCUCAAAGGCGUCACCUUGACGGCCAGAGAUGUAGCCGAAGCCGCACUUUAUCUUGCCAGCGAUGAAUCCAAGUAUGCGAGUGGCCACAACCUUGUGGUUGACGGUGGUGUCACCACCUCAAGAAACCUCAUUGGUCUGUAGCUGAUUUGCCCUGGCCAGCAAUCGUCCGCAUUCUUCUUUGUUCAUCUGUGUUUCUUUGCGGCUGAAGUCUUCCGAAUCACCAUAAAUGCAAGUUCUUCCUAACGAGAAGAACAAGCUCAGGAAAUGGAUUGCAUCUUUUGUGCAGUCAAACAGUGUUCUGUCCAUUUGAUUUCUCUCUCACGGACCAGAAUCAAAGCAAUGGAUGUGACAAGAAAUGGAAAAAGUCAGCAAGCAUGCUACACAUGAGAGGAUGUUUAAUCGAUUGGUACACUGCUCUUAUUAGCUUAGUACAUGCAACUUAUCAGAAUAAAAAUGAUGGGUUGUCUUGCUAGCUUAAACAAUGAUUAUUUUUUGUGAGUUUUUGAAGACAAGUAACAGCUAACAAUGCCUUCUUUUAUUGGGUAAUUAAAGCUGUCUAUUUCACUCUUGAUCAUAAUAACAUGGAGGUUUUUUUUU